CCAGCUCUUAAGGAGUUCACGGUGGGAGAGGAGGCCCUCAGAGAUCUGAAGACCAGCAGAAGGAAGCUGUGUCCACUGAGCCAGCGUUGCAACAGGAAGACUCAGUGACGAGAGACCCCACUCCUCCCUUCUAACUGUGCCCCCUAAGAGAGAUGGCCCCAGCCAGAGGAGGAUUCUGCCCUCUGCUGCUGCUCCUGCUGCUGGGGCUGUGGGUGGCUGAGGACCCAGUCAGUGCCAGGCCCGGGAACAUGACCCCAGCUCAGUGGUUUAAAACUCAGCACGUGCAGCCCAGUCCUCAAGGCUGCAACGCUGCGAUGCGCAAAAUCAACAAGUUCUCCAAACGAUGCAAAGACCUCAACACCUUCCUGCAUGAGUCCUUCUCCAAUGUGGCCACCGCUUGUCAGACUCCCAACACAGCCUGCAAGAAUCGUGAGAAUAACUGCCACCGAAGCCAAAAGCCUGUAUCCCUGACUGAGUGUAAGCUCACCUCAAGGAGGUACCCAGACUGCAAGUACAAGGAGAAGAAACGGGUCACUUCUUACAUCGUGGCCUGUAACCCUCCCAAGAAAGGGGACUCUGGGAAAUUCAAGCUGGUUCCAGUCCACUUGGACAAAGUCCUUUAGUUUUCCAGCCUUCCUUGUGCUUGAGCUAAUUCCCUCUCCAGGCCUCUGGACCACUCCUCCACCCAGAAGUUUCUCUUCUGACAUCUCUUGAGACCCUUCCUGGAUCAAGCUCCUCUGAAAAGAUAGGGGCCUGGAGAGUUGAGGUGAUACCUUAGCAGGCUAAGCUCUAGAAGAGGUGGUGAUCUCUCUACUUUUUAUUGCUGUUUUUUCAGAAGUUUAUCUGCAAAAAGUUUAGGGGUGUGGGUUCCUUGGUCUGUGCCUCAUACCUCUCUCCCGUGCCCCAUCUUCUUAUGGCAGCAUGGCACGAGGAAGAAAGGACUGGAAAGAGAAUGUAUGGGAUUUAGGAAAGAGUUACUCCUGUUCCUAAACUGGGCCUCUUCCCCAGCCCUGAUGUGGUAGUGAGGUGGCCUGUGUGCAGGGAGGCAGCCAGGAGGGAAGAGAAGGAGGCCACAGCUCAUCACAAUGACACGGCAUUUCAGGCUCUUCACGGUGUGCCCACGUGCAUCCCUUGUGAGACAGACUCGACAGGGAUUACUUACUUCUUUCGGGAUGAGGAAAUUGAGGUUUCAGAUGGCUUUAUUAAUUAAAGAGCUUGUCAGGGUGGUUAGUAGCAGAAUUUGGACUUGAAACUGGGUCUCCCGACUCUUUAGGCAGUGCACUUUCUAUUCUAUCACUGGCCAGAAAUGGAGACCUCUGCAGGGACCAGAGGGGCACUGGGUGAGAGUUCACCCAUGAGGCAAUGUUGGAGAGCUCUGAAGAGCCAGUUACACCACGUCGGCUGCAGUAAAGGUCAUUACCUCUCUAGCCAAGGGACUGCUGAUGGGGUGUUCCAAGGAUCGCAAUCCUCUCUCUUCUCUCCACCCCACCCCCACCCCGCCGCUCUGCCCUCCCCCUUCUCCAGCCCACCACUCUUCCGUCCUGGGCCCUGCGCCCAGCUCUGCUGGCCUGAUCGCUUAGCCCUGAAGGCACAGUGUCAGGGGAGUGUCCCAGCUUCAUCCCGUUGUUCCAGGAUCACAUUUCCCUUGACCUCAAGGGCCUUCCGUGGCCCAGUGCCCGCUUGUCACAAACAAGCCAGUGGGAGCUGCCAGAGCUUCCUUCCUCCCGAUAAUGAUCUCUCUUGCCUUGGUGCUUCCCUGGCUCUCCGCUCUGGCUGUCCGCCCAGGCCAGAGGGGUUGAGAUGUGGAAAUGCCACCUCCCUGUCCCCCAAGGGCUGCAGACACCAGUUCUCCCUUCCUGGUGAGCAGAACUGGAGAAACUGUGGGUUUCUGUCGGCUCAGUCCUCAUAGCCUCCCACUCAUAGCCCCCACACGGCAUUGCCUGCAGCCCUGACCAUCACCAGCCCCUUCUCUCUCCCUUAAUCUCAGUCCCAAACUUCACUAUGCCCAUGCCCACCCUAGCUGAGCACCUGAAGACUACCUUGUUAGACCUUCCCUUCCCAGCUGCGGAGUCUACUGCCUACCUGUCCCUCCCCAACACUCCAGUGUUCCUUUAUGCCUUACCAGAGUCAGGUAAGCUUUGGAGCCAGAUACAGUUGGGUAUAAAUCUUGGCUCAGUCCUUUGUGACUACAUGUCCUCAAAAACACCACACCUCUUUGCAACUGUGUUUCCAUAUAUAUUUCAGAGCUUCCCUGGUGGCUCAGAGGUUAAAGCAUCUGCCACACAAUGCGGGAAACCUGGAUUCAAUCCCUGGGUUGGGAAGAUCCCCUGGAGAAGGAAAU